UGUCACAACACACUGCUAACCUCAAAUAAACAAAACUUUUUCUUUUAUAAUUUUAAACAAUGUAAAUAAAGUGGCAGUUAUGUCGAACACAGACUUAGUACAGUGUAAAUUCUGCAAAAUUCCGCUCCCUAGUAGUGCAUGGGGCCAUCACGUCUACGGAAACGAACACGUGAAAAAUACCCCGGCCGGACUCCUCAUCAGAGGAAUCUUGGAAAAGUGGCAAAUCGACGAAGCGCAUGAAUAUUUCGGACAGUUUGGUACAAUCAAAACGAAACGUGUGGACGUAAUUGACGCGAAAAAGAACCUAGUUUUAUUAUAUUAUGAUUUUCAGCAUCGAAUAUCCCAUUCGGUUAUUGCGCACCAAGAUCACACACUGUUUGGCAACAAAAUGACAAUCUUGUGGAAGGUGAAGAACACGACGAAUUUAAAAGCGGACACAAACACGACGCAAGAAAACGACGACAUUAGUGAAAAUGGUGCAACUACCCCUCUAAGCUCUCAUGUUCCAGAAGUGGAAGAAAACGAUGCGACCAAUGACAAAAUCACUACGUAUGAAGUUAAUUCUUCCGGCCAGUUCGUCAUCGCGAAGAGUGACGAAGAAUCCCGACACAAUUCCGAAACGCUUGAAGACGGUGAAAUUAUUUACGACGAACUGGAAAAUCGUCUGCACUGUGUGAACAGUCGGGGCAGAGAUUCUAGAUCUAGUUCUAGUUCGUACGAUGGACGGCGCAGACGCUCUAGAUCCAGAUCACGAUCGAAAUCGCACGAACGAAGAAGACCGAAGCGGGCACGAAGAAGAAGUAGGAGUCCCCGACCGAGAAAAAAAUCGUUUUUGGAGGAAAUUCGGGAUAAGUUGAACGCACUCGGUAGUCCCGGGAUGCCGGCAGCUAAUUCUUAUAGUUUGUCUGGGUUUAACGUGUCUUAUCCAGCCCCUCCUCCACUUAUUUAUCAACUGGGGGAGACGGAAGUACCACAGAGUGACCCAGGACUGUUAACUAGUACCCAAAGUAGUACUAAGCAAACACCGCAACACUUGAAUAAACUUCUCGCUGACAAGAAAAUCAGUCUUUCUGAUUAUCUAGCCAUCCUAGGAAAAAAUGUCCAAUCGCAACCAAACAAGAAAAAAAACAAAAUACUCUCUCAAUGUAAAGAAGCCCUCAGAGUUAUGAACAACCAACACCUCAAAAAGCUUCGUUUACCACCACCAACGCCACCUAAACCCCAACUAUUCACAUCCCCCCUAGUCAAAAACGUGGUCAAGUUUAGUUUUACUUCACCUUUGAAAAGUCCCGCGAGAAGUCCAUUCGCGGACUCCCUCCUCAAGAUUCUCGAUUUCGUCGGAUUUUUGAAAGAGCCACACGACGUUCAAGCUCUUAUUGACUCAGUUGCCCACGAUUUGACUUCCGGUGCCAUUAUUAACGACGAAAUCGCGGCGAAAAUGCUGCAGAUUUCGUUGCUAAGUUCGGAAUGUGGUAAUAACGAAAGUAAAAAACGGGUGGCAAGCGUGGGCACGCAGUGUAUAGAACGAAGAAACGUGGGUGUGCAAAUCAAGUUUUUACCAAAGACUUUAACCAAGACUGAGUACGUGUUAGGAAGCAAAAAUCGAUCUGAAGAAAAUGGCAAGAAAUUAAGACAAACGCGCAAGUGUUGAUUUGUUAAAGAGUGAUAUUUUAAUUGUUCUACUAUUUUUGUAUAUUUUUGGAAGUACAGAUUAAGUUUUU